AUGAUGAAGCUCCAGGCACUCGUUGCAGUUGCUGCUUUAAUCCAGCAGAGUAUCGCGAGCGUCAGUUAUAGACGCCGUGACACAAGCCCAUGGCCAACCGAGCCUGAUAUCAUCAAGACGUGCUCUCGAUGGAUAGAGGCAUUGCCAGGCGAUGAUUGCAAUACACUUGCAGAGAUUGAUGGCGUUCCACUGGCUGACUUCCUCGCAUGGAAUCCCGCCUUAGCCCGAAAUUGUCAAGGUAUUGUCGUCGGUUACGGUUAUUGUACCGAGAACAAGGGCACCGCACCCACCACCACCACCACAAGCUCAAGGACAACAUCUGGCCUUACUUGUCCCACCGUUUCAUGUCCUGUGACUAUUACCGUCACGACGACAGUCUUCAUCGGAACCACAACCUCCAGAACUACCACAGCUGCUAUCACGACUACCACCACCCGUUCUACCACCCCAUCCACAACUACGACAACUACCACAACCACAACUAAGGCAUCUCUCGCCCCAUCUCAGUUCCCAAGUGCCAGCGGAACCCUCCAGUGUGUCAAAUCCAACUCUCCAAUCCCACAGCCAACACAAAUUGCUGGCGGUAGCACUCUUGACACCGUGAUCGCUAGCGCUUGUAACUCGCUUGUCACCACAAGCAAUAAGUGGCUCGAAGUUGGAGAUCCGUACACUGUUGUCUUACCGGUUAGCGGGAAGUCCACUACUUUCCUUCUUAACAUCAAACUUGGUGGUUUCGCGGUUCAGAACUCUCUGUGCCAAACCCAAUUGAAGCUUGUUAACUCGGGUUGCACGACCAGCGGUAAUACUUAUGGUGGAUGCAGUUACACGUCAGAUUUUAAUCUGUUAGCUUGUGUAUUACCUAAUGUUUAG